AUGGGAGGCGGAGGAGAAAAUCCUCACCGUCUUUUCUCACUCAUUCCUCCGUAUGCCCUUGUCCUCAGCGGCUCCUCUCACCACCCUGGCCAGUAUAUGGAUAGAAGCUCCUUUUUUCAGCUCAUACAAGAGCAGCUGGAUCCAGACAACACCGGUUUCAUCGCUGUGGAGAACUUCACCAGCCUGGUGGAGCACCAUGAGCUGCAGCUGGACCCGUCCAAACUGGACAUGCUGUUAGCGCUGGUCCAGAGCAAUGAGGAUGGACAAGUCUGCUAUCAGGAGCUCAUCGAGCUGAUGAGCAGCAAGCGCUCCAGCAGUUUCCGCCGAGCCAUCGCCAACGGCCGCCGCACGCUGCAGAGGGAGAUCCUCCUGGACGAGACGGGCCUGGGUCUCUACAAGCGCUUCGUGCGCUACGUGGCCUACGAGAUCCUGCCCUGCGAGACCGACCGCCGCUGGUACUUCCAUCAGAACCGCCUGUGCCCGCCUCCCGUCUUUAUCGCCGUCAUCACCAUCGUCCAGAUUAUCGUGUUCAUGUGCUACGGCAUCAUGCUCAACAAGUGGGUGCUUCAAACCUACCAGCCGGAUUUUAUGAAGAGCCCCCUAGUGUACCAUCCGGGCCACCGCGCUCAAGUGUGGCGCUUCUUCAGCUACAUGUUCAUGCACGUCGGCUUGGAGCAGCUGGGCUUCAAUGCGUUACUACAGCUGAUGAUCGGAGUCCCUUUGGAGAUGGUCCAUGGCGUCUUGCGGAUAAGUUUGCUUUAUAUGGCGGGAGUGCUAGCGGGUUCCCUGACGGUGUCCAUCACCGAUAUGCGCGCUCCGGUGGUGGGGGGCUCCGGCGGGGUCUACGCUCUCUGCUCAGCACAUCUGGCCAACGUUGUCAUGAAUUGGGCUGGGAUGAGGUGUCCUUAUAAGUUGCUGCGCAUGAUCCUGGCGCUGGUUUGCAUGAGCUCGGAGGUGGGGCGAGCCGUGUGGCUGCGCUUCUCCCCGCCUCUACCGUCGUCGGGGCCGCAGCCCAGCUUCAUGGCCCACCUGUCGGGCGCCGUGGUGGGCAUCAGCAUGGGUCUCCUCAUCCUCCGCAGCUACGAGGAGAGCCUUCAGAAGCAGUGUUCCUGGUGGGUGGUGGUCUUCUCCUUUAUCACCUUUCUCCUCUUCGCCAUCUUUUGGAACAUCUUCGCCUACGAGCUGCUGGGCGUGCAGAUCCCGCCCGCCCCCUGA